GGAGGAGCCGAUGAACUGGGUCACAUGGUUACACACUGAUCGCAACUCGAAACAGUCACAGCUAAGCCAGUCCUCCAUAGCACCGGAGCUGCGCCCCGAACGCGUUUUAUUUGAAUGGAAUUCGGCACAUUUGUAGGUGUAACUUAACCACACUGAAAACAGGCGAGCACCACACUCAGAGAACGAAAAACUGCCGUUUGAGCCAGCCUCUGCCAACUUGCUGCUUCGGUUUGAUAUGUGCGAUUUUUCCUGUGAAACUGUAUCCUCGCUAGUCUGACACUGACAAGCCACUGUGAAGCCGUUGGCGGUCUCUAUCGGGUUUAAGUGGCGUUCAUUUAAAUGUUGUAGCUUCGCAGCCACUUUCUCAACCGGGAUCAUUCAGCGACUUUUCAGUUGCUGAAAUACUAAAGCAGAAAAACGGCUUCUGCACUGAGGUAGCAGAGGAGGAGGAAAACCCCCGAACUCAUAGGAUAAUGGAGUCGACCAAAGCUGGAGGUGUAAUAGCCUACAUCAGCUCAUCCAGCUCUGCCUCCAGCCCGGAGUCCUGCCACAGUGACUCCUCCAAUGGCAGCUACCAGUCAUCCUCCCCGCCCCACCGCUCCUCUCCUAGCCGCUGCCAGCUGGGUCAGCCGGCUGACCCCGCACUCGCUGCCGGUCGCCAAAACCUUCCAGGGACUCAGAAGACCGGACGAUCCUCCUCCUCUGCAAAAUGUGGCAUCACAAAAAUCAAUGGCCUGGUGCUGCUGUGUAAGGUCUGUGGCGAUGUGGCCUCCGGUUUCCACUAUGGCGUCCACGCCUGCGAGGGCUGCAAGGGUUUCUUCAGGAGGAGCAUCCAACAGAACAUCCAGUAUAAGAAGUGCCUUAAGAACGAGAGCUGCCCCAUCAUGAGGAUCAACAGGAACCGCUGCCAGCAGUGCCGCUUCAAGAAAUGCCUGAUGGUGGGGAUGUCCAGAGACUCUGUGCGUUUUGGCCGAAUCCCUAAGCGGGAGAAACAGCGCAUGCUGCUGGAGAUGCAGAGUGCCAUGAACAACAUGAUGAACAACGCCCAGCUGCACAGCAGCCAGACGCUACCUAUCGCCAAACCGCUGCCAGCCAGCGCCACAGAACCUACCUCGCAGGACGCCGGCUCUGCCCCCUCCUGCUCUCCAUCCUCCUCACCGUGCUCCAGCCAAUCAGACUCCAGCUCGGACCCCGAGCCCACUGUGGCAAUGGACACCAGCGCCAGCUCGGCUUCGCCAAGUGCGUCUGACAGCGGCGAGGAGGAGGUGAUCGGCUCAGUGACCAGGGCCCACCAGGAGACCUUUAUGUACAACCAGGAGCAGAGCAGCCUGACAGCUGAUGCCCCAACUGCCAUGGGCCACCUGAACAGUGGCCAAGAUCAAAACGCUGCUAACUGUUGGAAAGAAGAGCAGCAGGAAGCCUGGAACCACCACCACAACAACAACAUGGUCACCGUGGCAGCACAGGACGCCUCCUCCAGCCAGAACCCUCAGGGUCCAGAGGACAACACCCCCAACCACUGCCCUUUCAGACUGUCCAGGAGCGCUGCCGGCCACUGUCCAGCCUACACACAUGCAGGUCUCAGAGCUCCAGCUACAGAGGACCCCGCCAACAGAGCGUACAACGGGCACCAGUGGAGAGAAGGCAAAAGGAUGCAUCUGGUUUGUCCGAUGAACACGUCUCCUCACGUGGACCCUCAGAAAUCUGGCCACGAGGUGUGGGAGGAGUUCUCCCACAGCUUCACCCCUGCUGUCAGGGAGGUGGUGGAGUUUGCCAAGAAGAUCCCAGGCUUCAGAGAUCUGUCUCAGCACGACCAGGUCAGCCUGCUGAAGGCUGGCACCUUUGAGGUGCUGGUGGUUCGUUUUGCUUCACUCUUUGAUGUGAAGGAUCGCACCGUCACCUUUCUGGGUGGGAAGAAGUACAGUGUGGACACGCUGAGGGCCAUGGGGGCCAACGACCUCCUCAAUUCCAUGUUUGACUUCAGUGAGAAGCUCAUCAACCUGGGCCUCAGUGAGGAGGAGAUGAGCCUCUUCACCGCUGUGGUUCUGGUCUCCGCAGACCGUUCUGGCAUCGAGAACGUGAACUCAGUGGAGGCCCUGCAGGAAACACUGAUCCGCGCCUUGCGCAGCCUCAUCACCAAGAACCACCCCAACGAGUCGGCCAUCUUCACCAAGCUGCUGCUCAAACUGCCCGACCUGCGCUCCCUCAACAAUAUGCACUCUGAGCAGCUGCUGGCCUUCAAGGUCCAUUCCUGAAGCUUCCUCUAGUACUUGACCCCCCUGACACAAACUACAAUGGCCUGUGACCAAACCUUGGGGCCACUAGCUGGAGACCACCAGCUCCACCACACCUCCCACCCAAGCACACCUGCACCUCCUUACUUCUCCCUUGAGGCUUUGGGUUCUGUUGUUUCUGUCUAUAAAUCGAACUAAAGCUCAAACCUGACAUUUAAAGGGGGAGGAAGACCAUAAAAUGUUAUUGUACUGUACUGUAGGGCGUAACUGCCUGUGUGAUGGUAAUGCAUACAUACAGACACAAUGAUUGGUGUACACGUAUCCUGUGUUUGUGUAUAGCAUACUGUACGUUUGGAACUGUACAAACGUUAGAAGCACUUUUCUGUAUAGCGUAGACUGGUAUUUUUGCAUUCAUAGUGCAAUAUGUGACUGCUUUUUGAUUUGAGCUUUAUAGUGAGGAGUCAAAAAACUUGUGUACAUGUUUUCAGUGGCACACAUGAAUUUGAAUAGGUGCUGUGCUCAUGUGAUAAGGGGGAAGUUGUAAACCUGAAAAAAAAAACCCCGGACACUGAAUGACUGACGAGGUGGAAUCCUCUUAAAAAAAAAAACAGAAGCAGACGACAAUGAGAGGAAUGUGGACGUAAAGCGGCCUAAAGUCCCAGCUUUCCAGUUUGUUCACCAGACAAAAUUUCCAUGCAGUUGUCUAUGUACUAUGCUGUGUUUCUGUUAAUAGCAGGUUAUUUUUCUAAAUUAUUUGGGCAUUGUGACAAAUCAGAUGUGUCAGUGUCACUCUAUUGCUUUGAAGAUUUCUACACAUGGAUCCGUGGAAAUGGAGAAACACUGAGCAAAUGAAAUCAAAUUCUGGACUUUCUUUUCUCUUUUUU